ACCAUCACCUAUGUCCGACGAUUACAAACGCGUUAUUCUCGUUACAGGUUCCAACACUGGAAUCGGGUACGAGAUUGUCAAAGGUCUCGCAGAGAAGGGUCAAACCGUCUAUUUGGCUGCGAGAAAUGAGGCCGCUGGAAGGGAAGCUCAGGAAAAGCUCAAGAAAGAACACAACCUAGAUGUCAAAUUCGUCCAACUCAAUGUAGAAGAUCUCAAAUCCAUCGAAGCUGCGCGAGACGUUAUCGGAAAAGCCGAAGGAAGACUAGACGUUCUUGUCAACAACGCAGGAAUAAGCGGGAUGGCCCACCCCCAAACCGCCUCUGAAAUGCCCAUAUCCGUCAUUCGCUCCGUCUUCGAAACCAACGUCUUCGGUCUCAUCCAAACCACCACCGCGUUCCUCCCACUAUUACGCAAAGCGAAACCGGGUUACGGAAAUAUCGUUCAAAACUCUAUGGAGUGGGCCUCUGGCACGUAUCAAACAAGUGAUAAAGGUUUUACGACUUUUGCUGCCUACUGCACUUCGAAAGCGGCGAUGAACAUGUAUUCGAUUGCGUUGGCGAGGGAUCUCAAGAAGGAUAGGAUUAAAGUUAACUGUUUGUGCCCUGGGUUUACGACGACCAAGCUAAAUGGUUAUAUGCCUGGGGGAAAGACACCUGCAGAGGGCGCGAAACCGUUGAUUGAUUGGAGUCUUUUGGGUCCCGAGGAUGAUGAGAAGACGGGCAAGUUUUGGAAUGUUGACGGGGAAGUUCCUUGGUGA